CAAGUUAUCUAUGACAAGUGUUAUCCAUGUUUGUCGUAUUAUUACAUUAUCAGGAUCAAGAAUUUUCUUCGAAAGAAUUUGUAAUGUCUUCAUAAAUUUUAACUCUAUACGUUUAUUGUAUAUCUCCUUUAUCUUGUAAUAACUGGCCUGUGUCGAUAAAUAUACAAAAUGACGUUAACAGUCGACAAGCUAUUCAAUAAACAAAGGUUUACGGGCGAUAAUCUAUUGCAGUUUCUCUUCUAUUUACCUUUGGGGCUACUUUUUAUGAGUUUAAGAAUUAUUCUGGGAUUGAUAUUAUGGAUUGCUGCGAUUAUUCUACCUGAUAAAUCAGGUGUGCGACAGAUAUUGUCCACACUCGCUUGUUGGACGUUUGGUGUUUAUGUAAAAUUGAAAGGCAACAGGGAUCCACGGUGCAGUGUACUGGUGGCCAAUUAUGUGUCUUGUUUGGAUUCUCUAGCGGCUUCACAUGUUCUUGGAACUAUUAGCCUAAGAAAAUGGAAAGUGCCGCCAUUUUUUGCUUCAACUCUCGGUAUACGAAAUGCAUCACAAUUUAUAAGAAAGCAACACUUUGCUGACAGCUCAAGUAAGCCCAUCCUGCUGCAGCCAGAAGGAUGCCCCACUAACGGCAAAGCCCUGCUCAAGUUCACAGAUUGGCCCUUCCCCAUCGGCAACAGGGUGCAACCAGUUGCUAUACGUGUGGAGCGAGCGAUGAGCGCGGUGUGCGUGCGGGGUGCGGGCGGGGGCGGGGGCGGGCUGGCGCGGCAGCUGUGCGAGGACGCGCUGUGGUACCUCACCGCGCCCGCCACAGUGUACACGCUGCGCCUGCUGCCGCCGCUCGACCGCGACGCUGACGACGACGCCGCCUUCUCCCGCCGCAUCGCACUCGCGCUGGCUGACGCGCUACAGAUCCCGGCGACGGAGUUCAGAUGGGAGGAGCUGCCGGUUGCAAGUGCGAGUGGGGGUGGGGGUGGAGGUGCGGCAGGUCGAGGUGGUGCGCGGGGCGGUGCGCGGGGUGCGGGCGGGGCGGAGUCUCUGGUGCGUAUGGCACGCAAAGUGCGCGAGGUGCUGCCCGCUGUGCCCGAGCGUGAUGUACUGCGCGACCUCGCUAAAACACGAAGCGUGGACGUGACUAUAACGAACUUCCUGGAGGGCAUAACUCCGUACACACCGGAAGCGGCGCCCCCGAAGGCGCAGGCGCAGGCCCCGCCCCCAGCGGAGCCCCGCCCCGGACCCUCGCGGGAGCCGCCCAAGUACGUGAUCCCCGCACCCACUGGCGUCUUCCCCAAGACCGCCAAGGAGCGUCAGCUCAGCUUCCAGGAGAAGAAGGCGCAGAUGAUCGCUGAAGCCAGGCAGAAAUACAUUGAAAAGCACGGACUCGAUGUCGCGAACUGUUGAACACGUCGCUUGUAAUUUUACGAUAGAUAACAUCGGAUUGUGUUUGUAUAUUGAAAGUUGAUAGUAAUCAUUGAAUUUGAAUUAAAAUUGUGAUAUAAAUUA